AUGGCGGCGGUAUUUGGUGAAUAUUCUUGGCAAGAAGCAUUUUAUUCCGUAGAGGCUCUAUUUGAGAUAGAAACUUUAUUUCCAGAACAAAAAGAAGCAAUUAAGGCUUUUAUUGAAAAAGAUGUCAGUAUUUUCGUCAGCUUGCCAACUGGAGCUGGGAAAUCCAUGAUAUUCCAGAGUUUGCCGUUCGUGUUUGACUCGUUGUAUGGCAACCCUCGAGGAACAAGUGUUCUUAUGGUCAUAUCACCGUUGAAAGCACUCAUGAAAGACCAAGUGAACUACCUUCUUGAUCGUGGUAUACCUGCUGUAGCUAUCGUUGACGAGUUAAGUGCUGACCCUGAAAUUAUUCAGCAAGUUAAAAAUGGUACCUAUACUCUUGUUUAUGGCUCACCAGAGUGCUUCCUGUCAUCGAAAACGUGGAGAGAUAUAUUUUCAGAUACUGAUUUCACAUCAAAACUAAUAGGAGUAGCUAUCGAUGAAGCUCACUGUAUUGUUCACUGGUAAGUUUUUACAUAUCUAUACUCCAGAUAUAAUAUUUGUCCAGAUAUAAUAUUUGUCCCAGAACAAAUUGAAAAAAUGACACAUAUUUUAUUGUGAAUUAAUAUUAAUCACAAUAAAAUAUGUCAUUUUUUCUCUUAUAGUUCUAUUUUUCCAGGAACAUUUCAUUUGUAUUUUCGUACAUAGAAUAAAGCCGGUUACAGACGAGCAAGUUUUAUUUGAUAAGUGCAUGUGUGUAUAUGCAACAAAUUUAUAUGACAAGUAUUCAUAUGACAAGUUUUAUUUACUGGUGUGGACGUGUCAGCAAAAGGUGUUUAUCACCGUCAUGACAGAAAAAUUGUAAUAGUCCGCUGGCCAAUCACAUCAAAUGCUCAGAUUACUUUGACAAGUUUUCUUUGUUGACCCACACAGAUGAACAACAUCUGUACUAUGACAAGUGCACUUGUUCAAAAGCUAGCAUGCUGGAUUUUGAACAAGUGCACUUGUCAUAGAAAAACUUGUCACAUAAAAACUUGUCAUAGAAAACUUGCUCGUCUGUAACUGGCUUAAGGUUUACUUGUUUAUUAUUUUUACUAGGGGAUUGUCUGGAAAUAAAAAGGUACCUUUCAGGAAAUGGUUUGGUUGUCUUGGUGAAAUCAGAUCCCUGAUUCCAAAAAAUAACAAGAUUAUCAUUGUAACAGCCACAGCAACAAAGGCAACCAAGUCUCAAAUUCUCGAAAGUCUCGACAUUACUGCAGAUCAAUUACAUACAGUGGAACAAAACCCUAACAGAAUCAAUUUAAUGUACAUAUUGUCCUACAUGGAUAAACAAAGAAGUCUAAAAGAUGUAUUCAUCAAACUUAUAACUGAACUUCGAACAGUUUUAUGCAAAACUGAAAGAACCCUGAUUUACUGUCAAACUAGGAAACAAUGCUCCUUGCUGUUUCGUAUGUUUGAAAUAAAUCUUGGUAAAAACAUGUAUAAUGGUGCAGCUCUACCACCGAAUCGGUUAGUGGAAAUGUUUCAUGCUGGCACACCACAGUCUGUGAAAGACCAUGUGAUAAAAAACAUGACUGCCACUGAGAGUCACUUGCGUGUUCUCAUAGCUACAGUUGCUUUUGGCAUGGGGGUAAAUUGUAAGGAA